AUGUCUGGCACUACCAACAGCCCCCAGCCCAGGUCCCUUCCCCAGACUCUGCCCAUGAGGCCCAAGUGUAGCAGGAAGACCUUGGCCCUGGGCGACCUGGACAAGCUGGACACCUUAAAGUGUCCACCUUCUUCUGUGCCAGGAAUGUCAUGCCACCAGGCCAAGGCCAGCAGAAAGACCAAAAAGAAGGAGGGGGGUGCCCUUCGUGCCCAGAGAGCAUCAUCCAACGUCUUCUCCAACUUCGAGCAGACACAGAUCCAGGAGUUCAAGGAGGCCUUCACACUCAUGGAUCAGAACCGAGAUGGCUUCAUUGAUAAGGAGGACCUGAAGGACACCUAUGCCUCUCUGGGCAAGAUCCAUGUCAAGGAUGAUGAGCUGGAUGCCAUGCUCAGGGAGGCUUCUGGGCCCAUCAAUUUCACGAUGUUCCUGAACCUCUUUGGGGAGAAACUGAAUGGUACCGACACCGAGGAGACCAUUCUAAGCGCCUUCAAAAUGCUUGACCCAGAUGGCAAAGGCAGCAUCAACAAGGAAUACAUCAAACGUCUGCUGAUGUCCCAAGCUGACAAGAUGACUGCAGAUGAGGUGGAGCAGAUGUUCCAGUUCGCCUCCAUUGACGCAGCGGGCAACCUAGACUACAAGGCGCUGAGCUACGUGAUCACCCAUGGGGAGGAGAAGGAAGAAUGA